AUGGCAUUUUAUUUUUGUCCAUAUCUCUAUAUUGAUAGUUGUAUAUGUGGAAAUAAAUGUUAUCAGCAAGAAGGAUGUCACAUUUAUUGGAAAAGGCGAUUUCAUAUUCCUUGUGAUAAAUGUGGUACACUAACAACUUCUUCUUAUGAAAUUGUUCCGAAUCCAAAUCGAUCUGAUAGGCCUCGAGAAUAG